CUGAAUCUUAUUUUCUUCCCCUCUGACAUCACCACGAGAAACCGUCAAAAGAAACCCAGCACCGUCAAUCAAUUCUCCCCGCUUACCACGCAUGUAACAAACUGACAUAGUCUUCAUUUUUAAACCAUCACCUUCAUUUCUUCAUCCCUUCAAAAUCUAUUACCUAGUAAUACAAAACACCGAACAACAACCCCUCCUCAACAAGCAACAACUAGAUAACCAACCCCACGGCCACCCCUCAUGCCAGCCCCAACCCCAACCCCAAUCCCCAUUCCCAUCCCCAUCCAAUCCUUUGCCCAAACCCAACAACAACUCCUCCUCGCAGAACAUGAAGCCGAAGUCUCCUCGUCCCCGCUCUCCACAUCAAUCGCACAAUCAGGCGGCGUGUCCGCUUCAACACGUCGCACCUUACAAGUUGCCGGAUACGCCCUCACAGGCCUGGUUCUCGUCAACACUCGGACGGGCAUGGGCGGGCGUGAGGUAGGCGAAUUUGGAGUGGAUAGUGCAAUUGGGUCUGGCGCGAGGGGUGGUAAGGAUGGCGAGGGAGCCGGUGGGGGUGGUGAUGGGGGCGCGGAGAGGUUGGGGGCUCAUGGGAUGAGGGUGGGUGAUAUAGUGAGGGUUGAGGAUGUGGCUGCGGGUGCUCGUGGUGGUGCUGGUUCUGGUAGGGCGAAAGGAGCAAAGGAGGAGGAGGGGAGGAAAGGUAGGGCGCUGGAAGGGGUGGUGACGAGGGUUGGGGAGAGGAGCGUUUGGGUUGCGUUUGGGGGACAGGGAGGUGCUGCUGGAAAGGGCAGAGAUGAGGAGUCUGUGGAGGAUCUUUGGGGGAAGAAGGUUUGGAUGGUGAAAUUGGCGAACGAUGUUACCUACCGAAGGAUGAAGCAAACGAUGACCAAAAUGGAGAACAUGACGGAGUCAGACUACACAUAUUUCAUGAGGGUUGUUUUUGGGCAUACGGCGCCCUCCCCUGUGGAUCUGAGUUCUCUUGGAACAAUCGAGUUCAUCGACUCUACGCUAAACGACUCACAAAGAGAAGCAGUUCGAUUUGCGCUUGCAUCGAGAGAAAUCGCACUCAUUCAUGGCCCACCAGGCACUGGGAAAACAUACACUCUGAUAGAACUGAUUCUGCAACUUCUUCGCCAGAAUCUCCGGAUCUUAGUUUGCGGCCCGUCAAACGUCUCAGUGGACAAUAUUGUCGAACGGCUGGCUCCACAUAAAGUGCCACUGGUUAGAAUUGGACAUCCCGCCCGUCUUCUAUCUACUGUUUUAGAUCACUCUUUGGAGGUUUUAAUUCAAACAUCAGAUGCUGCCGCCAUUGUCAAAGACGUCAGGAAGGACAUCGAAACCAAACAGGCCAGCAUACGCAAGACAAGGAGCGGCAGGGAGCGGAGAGAGAUCUACAGAGAUCUAAAGGAACUACGCAAGGAGUUCCGAGAACGGGAAUCUAAAUGCGUCGGUAAUCUUGUUACGGAGAGCAAAGUGGUACUGGCAACACUGCAUGGUGCUGGUGGGCAUCAGCUAAGAAACCAGAAAUUCGACGUUGUGAUUAUUGACGAGGCAAGCCAGGCAUUGGAAGCUCAAUGUUGGGUUCCUCUGCUGUCUGCUUCCAAGGCAAUAUUGGCUGGCGACCACCUGCAGUUGCCUCCAACCAUCAAGUCUGUGACGUCGAAAUCUAGCGGGACAGUAGGGAACGGAAUGUCGGCAAGUGACGAAAUAUCUGCCCCAAAUGCCGACAAGGGUAACAAUAUAGGGCAGCAUAAGGCGACAAAGAAGGCGACGCUCGAAAUGACACUAUUUGAUCGUUUGCUGUCACUGCAUGGUCCCGCCAUCAAACGGAUGCUAACAACUCAGUAUCGGAUGCACGAGAAAAUCAUGCAAUUUCCUUCGCAGGAACUUUACGAAGCAAAGCUCAUCGCUGCAGACGCAGUGAAACUACGAUUGCUUAAGGAUUUGCCUUACGAAGUUGAAGAGUCUGAUGACACGCGGGAGCCUCUAGUAUUCUAUGAUACCCAGGGCGGGGAUUUCCCUGAGCGAGCCGAGGAACCUGUCGUGGCGGCAAAGCAGAAGCAGAUCUCCAUGUUUGUCGAGAGUAAAAGCAAUGAUUUGGAAGCCGUGCUGGUGGGUAGACACGUUGAGAAUCUGGUUGCGACGGGGGUGAAACCGGAAGACAUCGCUGUUGUUACUCCGUACAAUGCGCAGCUGGCUUUAUUGUCCAACAUGCUGAAGGACAAGUAUCCUGGACUAGAAUUGGGGAGCGUGGAUGGGUUUCAGGGACGGGAGAAGGAGGCUGUAGUCGUGAGUCUUGUGCGUAGCAAUCCAGAGCACGAAGUUGGGUUUCUCGCUGAGAAGAGGCGAUUAAAUGUUGCCAUGACCCGGCCCAAGCGUCAUUUGUGCGUGUGUGGUGAUUCUGAAACGAUUCGUCGUGGCAGCCAAUUCCUACGACGCUGGAUGGAUUUCUUGGAGGAAAAUGCCGAUCUGCGAUACCCCGACGCUGGCGAUUAUAUGCAAUCCUAAAGAGCGGAGCAUAAAUCCGAGAAACGCGAGUUUCCCUCAAAGCGACGAACUCCACAAAUUUUCAGACCACUUUUCACGAUAAUGUAGCAUGCAAAAAUGCUUCUCAGGGCGAGAAACCUGCGGAUUGGCUAGAGCACAGGGCUGACUGCCGCACGAGUUUUGGGAGGUGAAAGCCUUCCCCUAGGAUAGCUGUGUUAUUCUUUGGAGGAGCAUGUCACCGACCCGAUUCUCUAGCACGACCAUCAGCCCGUCGGAAUUGAUGUAUGAAUAUCUUUGUUGACGGCUCUGCAGCAAUAUGCGGCUUGUAGGCCAUCCGUGGACGGGGUGGGUUGUUGGUGUCCUUUUUGAUGUAUGUGACAUAUAGGAACCCCAUAGUAUACUUGUAUGUCAAUUGCAAGCGUCAAAAAUGAGAGCGCCCUUGGGCGGCACGGAUUGAGCGGAGCUUAUUAGCCAUUAGAAAGUCGUUAUUGAUCAAGUAAUCUACCAUCCAGUGUAGUUGGGUAUACACUGAUAUUGAUAACCCAGACAAAAGCAUCCCGAGCGACACGCGUUGUGUAGCACAGAUUGGAGCAGAUAAAAGCAAACCCUCUACCUCUCGGGCGUUUGGAGAAGCAAACCCGCAUCCAAUCAGCCUACCAGGAGCCCUGAGAGUGCCAUAUAUAGGCUCGAAAAACUUCGCUGCGGACGUAAAUGGUCGAUAGUAAUGUUUGGAGUCGACAGUUUGUUCAGCUAUAUACAUACCUAGGGCAAAUAUUUGGUCUCGUAGCUCUAGCAAGUCCAUGCAUGAAGGUAAUACCUGGAGUUGGGUGGGGAGUUAAUUGUGAUACUAAAGGAAAACCAAAGGCAUUCAAGGGUUAAACACCACUUAGGAAAAUAUCCUAAACGUUUUCCAUUCAGUCAUUCUGAUGAGCCCCUACUUUCCAAUAAAAAUCAUCAAACCGUUUUAAGUAUGAAACAUGUUCCGCAUUUACGCAAGUCUUGUGUGUAGGAGGAAGUAUGUAGUAGAUCUUGCCAUAAAAGUGGUCGCGCGGCCUCGAAAUGGUGGGGUGCCAGUGGAGGUCGGCACAGCUUCCCUGUCCGGAAAUAAUAAGAAAAAAUAAGACAUGGUGCAUUUGACCAGAGUGCGUGGGGAGACAUUUUCUCUGAAUCGCCAUUCCUGCAUACACACACCAUGGCCGAUACCGAAUGAUUGAGGUCCCCUCAAUCUAAGCAGUAGUUGCUUGAUGGCCAAGUUGACAAACUGCGUACAGCGGAACACGCUGAGUGAACUACCGCGAUCGUCUCAAAUGAAUGUGGGGGUAGGGUAGGGUCCGCAGUCGCUGUUUGAUUUAUUCGCCAAUUCAAGAGAAACAAAUAAACCCUCCCAGCUUUAUCUUGCGCUAUUGCCCUGUUUUCUUCUUGGUAUAAUAUCUUUUCAUUGUCUCCAAGCAAUCCAUGCAAGUUCUCGAAGAAAGAGAAGAAACGAACCUGGGUCAGCUGAAGCAGCAAGACUUCGUUCAGAAAACAAAGCAACAGGUGAAAGGCUUGGUUGUUGAAUAAUGCAUAAAAUUAUUAUGCUUUCCUCAGCUCAAAUGAACGCAAAGGUUACACUCAUCACAGUAGGCCCGAUGGUGUGAUUGGUUAUGGUAUGAAGCUAGGGUGGGUUGCGUCGCUGUAUCAAUAAUGCAAGAAGGGCCAGGGGCUGCCCGGCCCGAUUUCAACGCUAGAAGAGUGUUAGUAGCUUCUGUUACCGAAACGACCUCGCGGGGCUGCUGGAUCGAAGCGUAUUCGUCAAGGAAUAAUUCCAAAUGGUCUGCUGAAACAGGCUGAUAUAACUACUCCGUAGUGGUCGACAUCAUGAAGAACAGAAGUUGGAAAAAGGGACAUGCCACGUGGCAAAGGCAGAUCCUGUUGUCGUGAAAAGCUGACAUAAAUGGAAAUUAUGUCCUUGUAUUCCCUAAAAUGAAGGAAGCUCAUCCAGGUCAGCAGGCCAAAUAUGCAGUUGAUUUAGUACAUAUGCUUGAAGGGGUUGAGUGGGAGGAUGUUUGGUAUGUUCAUCCACCUGCCGCAUAAAUGGAAAGAAAGUGAACGGCAUUCUGGAAGCAAAAUGUCGCUCCCACUCUCUGUUUCCAAACAAUUUCAGCGGUGGAACGACGAACAGUGUCUAGGAUCUCCACUUUAUUUGGCGCCAGUUGCUGCAAAACCCACGCGGGUCGGAGCGUCAUCCCUCACUUUCUGCCAUCUGGAGUUGGGACUUGAAAUUUUGGCCGAGCACGAGGGUCUGUUCCGGGGCAGGCGUCAGCCGUGCAGCCAUCAGCUUAUCAAUCAUUCGAGCCCCAGGGUCAAGGGCUCGAGCCGGCUUAGCGUCCCCCAGUGAGGGAACCGGGUCACAGCCAUGGCAGUGGCACAAUGUCCCUGGCGGUGAGGAUCUGUCCUCGUUUUUUUGUUUGGAUGGGAACGGGAGUGGCAUGAUUUGGCCGUUUGCAGAUUUAUUUGUGGACAGCGUGCAUGAGUGGUUCGGCACGGGAUGGCGAACAAAGAAAGGGUGUUAAGGGAUAUGCAUGCAUGCUGGAACUACAUUCUGUGUGACAAAGUCAACAAGUAAUAAUGGGUUAAUUAAUGAACAACAUUCAAUGCGUUUGCGAGGAAGUCUGGAAACUCGAAAGUUGCAUGAUCCUGCACCAUGGCUCUCAUUCUUGGUUUAAGAUUCCCGGCCUAGGCAGCUGCUAGGAAUUUACUCUUUUCUGAGAGAUUUCCGGGCUGCUUUGUGUCAUAAAUUAAUGCGAAUAACUCCGGGAC